UCUCACUUGUAAACAAGUGCACAUGCCCAGACUGCUCUGUAUCGACAUCUGAAUAAUCCACACGGGUUUAGCGGCUACCUGAAGUCCUAGUUGUUGGCCUGAUCAAUCUAAUCUGUAUCGACAUCUCUGAAGUAAAUUUUAUGUAUCUCUGAGUAACACAAGAAGUGUGAUAUAUUGCAAGUCUUGCAGUCAUCGGGAGGAGUUUCCACUUAUCCUGAGGAAGAAGUCGUCCCUUAAGGCUAAGAAAAUGAAUGAAGGAAGUCGAAUAUUUGCUCCUUACCGAGCUUUAGGUUUGGUAAGCACACACAUCCCACUUGUUGUACGCUACAUUCAACGUAGAAAGGAAAAUCUCAUCGUAACUGUUGUGGGCAACUCCUUCCAUACUUAUGGUGCAGCCAAGUUGGGACUACUUAGUGUGGGUAACCCACAUGAAGACUCAAUCAUCUGUAUGGCUGCUGAUGCUUAUCAUAUCUACACAUCAAGCAGAGACAUUAUAUAUGCCUGGCGACGUGGUACAGAGCUCAAGCAUACAUAUGGUGGGAACAACCAAACAAAAGUUCAUCUUAUUCUGCCAUUUGGACCACACCUGAUUGCUGUGGAUAAACGGAAUUACCUACGUGUUUGGGACAUCAAAGCUGAAUCAUUGUACUUGGAGAUGGAGUUUCAAAGGAAAUGUUUUGAGAUAACGGCCAUAGCACAUCCAGCAACCUAUCUCAACAAGAUCUUAGUAGGCAGCAAGCAGGGAAAGAUGCAGCUAUGGAACCUCAAAACUUGUAAAUUGCUUUAUUCUUUCAGUGGUUGGGACUCGAGUGUACUCGUUUUAGAACAAGCUCCAGCACCUGAUGUGAUCGCAGUGGGCCUAGCAAAUGGAAGGAUUAUCCUUCAUAACCUGAAGUUUGACGAGACUGUGGUGGACUUCAAGCAAGAUUGGGGUACAGUAACAGGAAUAAGUUUUCGAACAGAUGGGUUUCCAGUGAUGGUGACCGGCAGUGAAAUAGGACAUAUUGCAUUAUGGGAUUUAAAAGAGAGACGUCUAGUCACACAGUUGCGUGAUGCACAUUCUGGUCCAGUGUCUGGGAUUAAUUGCUUACCAAAUGAGCCUUUGAUGGUUACGUCAUCACCUGACAACUCUCUCAAGAUGUGGAUAUUUGAUCUUCCAGAUGGAGGAGCCAGGUUACUGAAGAUUCGAGAUGGCCAUUCAGCUCCUCCUCUGAUAGCAAGAUUCCAUGGAAGCUUAGGAAAUUCUAUCCUUACUGCUGGUGAAGAUUCUGUUAUUAGGGUUUUCUCCACAGUGACUGACAUUUUGAAUAAGAGUUUAGGACAAGCUUCAUAUAACAGAAAAGCUUCUAAAAAGAAAACGAGUGUCAUAGAUACUAAGAAAAUGCCAGCAAUUACUUGUUUAGCCUCAGAGACUGCACAGGAAAAAGCUUGGGAUAAUGUUGCUGCAGUUCAUCGAGGCAAAACUGUAGUGACAACUUGGUCAAUAGGAUCACAAAAAAUGGGGCAGCAUACAUUGGUUCAUGAGCGAUUUAAAGGUAGAGAACUUUGUGGCUCUGUUGCAACAUGUGUAGACCUAACAAUCUGUGGAAACUUUGUUGUAAUAGGAUAUGAUUCUGGUCAUAUGGACAAAUAUAAUAUCCAGUCUGGAAUUCAUCGAGGGACAUUUGGUAAUCCAGUUGCUCAUGAUGGUGGUGUGAGGGAUGUUGUAACAGAUGGAUUAAAUCAGUAUGUAGUGUCAGGAGGGCAAGAUGGUGAGCUGAAGUGGUGGAGAAUGAAAAACUGUCGUGGUAUCAAGAAACUGAAAAUGAAUGAAAGUGUAUCAAAAAUGUCACUUCAGAGGGAUUCUGGACUAUUAGGCAUUGCCCUUGAAGAUUGGAGUAUUCAUAUUGUUGACAUAGAUACAAAGAGCCUUGUAAGAAAAUUUUAUGGACAUCGUAAUCAAGUGACAGACAUAUCAUUCAGUUCAGAUUCAAAAUGGCUUAUCAGCUCAUCUCUUGACAAAACAAUUAGGACUUGGGACAUUCCUUCUGGUUCUUGCGUGGACUCUUUUAUGGUGCCCAUUCCAACUACUUCAUUAACAAUGUCUCCUAUUGGUGACUUUGUAGCAACCACUCAUGUAGAUCAUCUCGGUGUCUAUCUUUGGUCUAAUCAGGCAUGCUUUCACCAUCUGUCUCUUCGGCCUUUGCCUGAGAAUUUCCAAGCAGCAACCAUCUCCUUGCCUUCAACAGCUGCAGAUGUGACACAGUUAGUACCAAAAGAGGGUGAUGAGACUGCUGAGGUAAAACCUGAUGAUGAUGUUGACAGUAAUUAUGAUGAAUACAAGUCUCCUCAGCAAAUUUCUGAAGAAUUAGUUACAUUAGCUUUGUUACCAACGUCAAGGUGGCUAAAUUUGCUAAAUCUAGAUGUUAUCAAAAAAAGGAACAAACCAGUGGAACCUCCAAAGGUGCCAAAAUCAGCACCAUUCUUUUUGCCUACUGUUCCAGGUUUAGAAUUUAAAUUUGCUGCUUCAGAACAGGAAACAAAUGAAGAGAAAUCUAAAGUAAAGUCUUUAUUUACAUUUGAAGUAUUAACUACCUUUGGGAAAAAGUUGAAGGAUGGAGAUCUAGAAGAUGCACUGAAAAUGUUGUUGGAGAUGGGCCCUUCAGGGGUUGAAGUUGAAAUUCGAGGCUUGGAUCCUGAUGCUGGUGGAUCUGAGGAAGUUUUGGUAAAAUUCUUAGAAAUGAUCAAGUGCGCUCUAGAUAAGCAGCAUUAUUUUGAAGCUGUUCAAGGUUAUCUAGGAUUAUUUCUUAAGCUACAUGGAGAUUUUGUUAUGAGAAGUAAAAAAGUGCAUGAAAUAUGUGAUGAAUUAGCAGUUGUUCAAGGGAAAUCAUGGCAUAAUAUAUGUGACACAAUGAACCAAACUCUGUGUCUUGUUUCAUAUUUCAAAAAUGCUGCUUUGAUUAACUACUAAAACUGCAAAUUGAGCCAAACAAGACUAUAAGUGUAUAGAAUAUGCCCUGUUCAUUACUGUAUUUCAUUCAAGCUGCCUUGAUUAAUUUUAAAACUUUGUAAUUUGAAAAUAAAAAAUUAUACUGUAAUCCAGUGAUGAAGUUAAAAUGUGCAGAUUAAUUAAAAUAAUUCGGUCAAAA